AUGUCAGCCGCCAGCGAUAUGAGCACUGCGCUCACCUUCUCCCGCCCCAUCUUGCCCAAAGGUCCGAACAUUCAGAUCAAACUCCAUGAUGACUACAGGGCCAAGAUCUUCAACUCGGGCUCUCCCGUCUCGGGCGACGUAGUGAUUACCCCCUGGAGGGACACUCGCUUCGACAUCGUUUCCAUCGCUCUCAUCGGCCGCGCCAGCUCCCGCGUCGAUGCCGCCCAGUUGUCCCAUCACUCCUCCCACACUUUCCUCAAGAUGAACAUGCCUAUCCCCGAAUCCGCCUAUCCGACACCUCGCGUCUUCGAGGCUGGCCGCACUUACACCAUCCCUUUCCAUUUUGUCAUUCCCCAGCAGCUCACUCUGAGCGCUUGCAACCACAAGAAGCAAUCCGUCUUCGUCCACGACCAGCACAUGCGCCUCCCGCCUUCGAUGGGCCACUGGAGCUUUGACGACUUUUCCCCCGACAUGACCCGUAUCGAGUACCUCGUCAAGGCCCGCGUCGCCGAGCAGCCCGACCUAGACGACCUUCCACUGAAGCUUAUGGAGGCUGACCGUCGCAUCAACGUCCUCCCCACCUCGAUUGAGGACCCGCCCCUGAACAUCACUCCCCAGGACCGCCAGUACAGGCUCACCAAGUCGAAGACCCUCCGCAAGAACAUCUUCUCCGGCAAACAGGGCGUCCUCACCGCCACGGCCGCCCAGCCUGCCGCCCUUCGCGUCGCCUCAGACUUCAGGGGCAGCGCGGAGACGUCAGUGCUGGUCAACCUCUCCUUCGCGCCGCACGCCCCGGAGAUCGCGCCCCCGAAGGUGAACCGCGUUUCGGCGAAGCUCCAGUCCACGACCUGGUUCAGCCCCACGCCCAUGCCAGUCCCGCCCAACAUGGGCGACAGUCGGCAGUCGGCGCUUACAGGGCUUUCGCAGCUCAGCUACUCCAUGGCCAUCGGGUCCGCCUCGUCCACCGACAUGGAGCCGACCUCAUGGCAAAUGCGUCCCACAUCCAUCACCCGCCGCGAUUCCGGCUACUCCAGCGAGGGCCACCACGAGGGCCACCCCGACAGCCCCUCCGACUCGGACCACGGCUCGAACAGGCACCCCCAUAAGCCCAACAGCGGCAGUGGUGGUGCGAAGGCCCCCUUCUACCACGAGACGACCAUCCGCGUCCCCUUCAAGGUCAUGACCUCGCGGAAGCUCCUUCUUCCCACCUUCCACACCUGCCUCAUCUCGCGCACCUACACGCUGCAGCUGGCCGUCACCGUCGCCGACACCAAGGUCAACCUCAUGGUGCCGGUGCAAGUGGCCGUGCAGCCGUCGGCGACGCCGCAGCAGCUGUCGCUGGACCCUGGCCUCCCCAGCUUCGACGCCGCCAUGGAACAGCGCGAGCAGAUGGAGGCCGAUGAGCUCCUGCAGCCCCGGUUCUUGGGGCAGCCGUAUCUUUCGCCCCAGGAGAGGAGCGGUCUUCCCGCCUACAACGAGUUCUCUCUACGCCGACCUGCCAUGACGGCAACCUGA